GCACAAAUUAUCCCCGUCUUAUUAAACCAGCCUGACAGAAGAGAAAGGAACCCAAUAAAGCUGCUGCUUCGUCGUUCCAACUUCCAAGACACUUUCUUCUCCACCCACCAUUUAGCCCAUAUACAGGCAUACCGCACAAUCAUCCGAACUGCUAUCUCUCAGUCUCAAUCUCAAUCUCAAUCUGUUGCUGCUCUGGUGAACUAUAAUGGAAUGCGAUCAUAUUUCAACUGGGAAACAUAAUGUUAAACUGGAAGAUGGAGAGGUUGUUGCUGCUAAUCAAUCGGAAGGGGAGGUCAAGUUGGCUGAUCUCAUAUGGGUAAGGAUCAGUGGAGGCUCAUGGUGGCCAGCACAGGUUGUUGAUGAUAACAACGUGAGUAGCAAGAACAAGCCAAGUAAAAGAUCGGCAGAGAAGGUUCUUGUUCGGCUCUAUGGAAGCUACAAGUACUUGUAUGUGGACCCGGUAAAAUGUCAUUCUGAUUUCGACAUGAUACUCAAGCAGAACAACGGUUGUUAUAGGGAAAUACUCCUAAAAGCUCUGGAGCAGGUUUCUAGCUCAAAAUCCGACAGAUCAAAGAAGCAAGGAUCCAAGUCUAAAGAAAAUGGAGCAGUUGAUCUUUCUAGGCGUAAGUCCAGUCGUAAUCACGCAAGGGAAAAUCCGCAAACAGAUUCUUCAAACUUGAAUGCUGAUGCUCAGAGAACGGAAAUUUCUGUAAGGGUUUCUCCAAGAAAGCGGAAUGCCGUUAUACCACAAAGUAAGGUGGAGCAGAAGACUCUACUUGCACUAAGGGUUGAAAAUACAAAUGGAAAAGCUUCCAAGCAAAGUGGGGCAGAAGUGGUAUCAAAGUCCAAAGAAGUGAGUGCCCGGAGAUUGAGAGUGAUGCAACAGCUUGGCCUGAUUGCUCCUUCGGGAUCUUCAUUCCACAAAAAUGGACUGAUUUGAGUCUCUUACUUAAGGUAUUACAGUUUUGUUUGUCAUGGUGUCGAUCAUCUGUUAAAAAUGGUAAGAUUUUUGCAGCUGUAUGAUAACAUUGUACCAUUAAGAGACUUCAAAUUCGGCACAUGAACCAUUCGGAUUCAACCUAUUAUUCCCGUUUGGGGCUGCUCGAUGCAAGCUGCUAGCUUUUGAUGUAAGAAUUGCACUGUAGAUGCAUAGGCUUCUGCUGUAAGGCCAUCUGACAAAGUAAGCCUAAAUGGUCUUGGCUAGUUGGUUUUUUGCUCUCAUUUUGUUUUUGGGGGGUGGUUGCAAAAUCUACUGAAUUAUGUUUUAAGUAUCUUUUUUGUGCAUACCAAGUCUGAAACCAGUUGGUGAAAUUUAAGCACGGGGUGUAUUGCUUCUCUCUCUA